UAGCACGCCAUGUUCUCCCAGGAAAGUAUUCUCCCUAGUCUCAAAUUUAGAGGGUUGUCAAUCAGAGGCCAUUAAGAGAUGUGGCUUUGGUCGGAUUCUUGAAGUCAAGGGAAGAAUGUUACAACGUGAGUUGUUGGAGAAACUUUUAAAUAGCUUUAAUCUGGCAGAAAGCACAAUUCAGGCGUAUGGGUUGAAAGUGCAUAUUUCGGCCAAAGAUUUCCAGCGAAUUAUGGGUGUCCCCGAGGGAGAGACGGAUAUUGUCUUGGAUGGUGAAGAAGUGGUUGGAAGAUUCGAGGAACUGAAAGAAUUUAGAGUGUAUUCGACUCGUGACUGUGACCGAUAGGCGAUUUCCACAAGCUUAAUGCGAAAGACGUUGUUGAAGAUAAAAGAGAGCAUCAAUCUAUUUGUUAAAACUUUUAUAUUGUACGUAAUGUGGGUGCUAUUAGUACCUACUAGAAGAGUUAACAUUUUGUUAUCUUCGGUAUACGCUGUCACCGAUGUUGUGGACAUUCUGAAGAAGAAUUGGGCAUCCUAUUGCUUCAAUGAAUUGGUGAAAUGAAUCUGCGACCAUAAUGCUGAUGGGAAAAAGUAAAUGCCUGGUUGCUUGCUGUUUUUGGAGGUAAAUAAUUGCUUAUCCCUACUUUCUACAUAUUCGUAAUGAUUAAUCAUCAUGUUGAAUAUAGCUUUUUUGCAGUUAAUAUUCUUGGAGCAUGCAAAUGGUAUUUCCCACACCAUUGAUGGAAGUUUGGAUUUGAUGAGUUGGGGCAGCGGAGACGUAGAGUUAUUUUUAACGAAAGUGGUAAGACUGAUAGUGAAAAAUGGUAUAUUUGAUUCUUUUGACGAGUUGGAGCAUGCUAAUGGUAUAUUUGGUUCCCUUUUUAAUUAAUUUAUAGGUUUCAAGCAAUUCGUGGAAAAGAUCAUCCGAGGAAGUAGGUUUGAAAUCACCUCCAGGGAAACGACAGAAAAAGACGGGAAAUGUCACAAAACCGAUGGGGUUGAGCUGCUUUUUUGUGAGUGUAUUGAUGCUCGGUUUAGUAUCAUGGAGGCUUGAUUUGACGACUUUAAUCAAGAAUUUAAAGUCGCAAUGGGUGAUGCUACUUCUAGAGAUGAGGAGAUAAUGUGUCGGGUUAUAAAAAUGGAGUAUGAAUUUCAAGCAUUUAAGGACAAAAUUGGUACUGCAGUGAAUUCAAUUAUAGAGGCAGAGAAAGCAACUACAAGUGACCCGUUGUCAAGGGAGCAGCCUACUGAAUUGAAAAAGAACGAUAUGAAGGAUGAGGCUGAUAAUGUGAAAGCUUCUGCAGUUGACUUGUUGUCAACGGAGCAACUUAUCAGAGGGAAAAGGGGCAAUCAGAAGGAUGAGGUUGAAAAACAAAUUGAACCCAUUUCUCCUACCUCCGAAUGUGUCAAGACUCAAGGGUUAGGUGUUAAGAUAUCGGGAGAGGCCAAGGGGAAAAGUGGAGAUGACAGCUGUUCUGAAUCUCCUUCUGUCAAAGUUGUGAAAAAGUCUCAUUGCAAGCAGGCGAAAGCAUCUAAAGUUGAGAAUUCAUACUUUUGAGUGAUGAAAGUGUUGCUGCUAAUGAUGGUUGUGCCAAGACUGUGAAGGUAUUACACUUGAUUAAGUAUUCUAAUUCUUUAUUCUAAUGGUGUGGUUACUAAUGAACUGGUUUUGUUUUUAUGUUUUUGAACAAUAAAGAGGCGAAAGGGAGUGGACUACGUAGUGUAUCUAAAUUGAAGCCUAGUUUGUAUGUGGUCUCUCCAUUCAAACGGGCAAAAUGCCAGAGCUAAGAAAGCACCACCUUUGUACCUUGCUCCUCCCUUUGUUGUUAAGACACAAUUGACUCCGGAGGCACUAAAGAUGAUUCAAUUUGCUUUUAGUAGAAAGCUUCCCGGAAGGUAACUCUCGAAAUCAUUACAAGUAAGAUUCGAUCAUAUUUGUAGAAUUGUUUUGUUAUUUGCCUUAUUCUAAUGUUGUGGUAUUUGAACUUGGUCUUGUAUAACAGUGACAUGUUGGUUAGUCUUGAUGGCGGGUCUCUUCCCUUGCUUCGUGAAAAUUUGGUCCAGCUUUUGCCCAAGACCAAAAUUUCAACAAGGGUGAGUUCCUUUAUGUGUGUAAUUUACCAGAUUGAACUUGUAUUGCUGACUUUGGUAUAUGUGAUGAUGAUGCAUUAGAUUAUAUAAAUGGUGUGUCUGUGCAAGACACUAGAAGAACGAAGUUGUGGUCACAGUGGUGGCUUGUCUUGGUUAUUUCCACCUUCAGUUUCGGUACAAUUAUCUGCUUUGUCUAUUCUUGUCAUGAAAUUAAUCUAUUUGUUUGUUACAUGUAGCUUGUGUGAAUAACUGUGUUUUCUUUUUUUAGGAUCGUCUGUAUCAUUGCAACGAGGAGCAAUUUAUGGGUGUCAUGGGUUCAUAUAAGAUAUGUGAGCAAUACCGUAUAAAUGAGAUACUUUACU